AAGGCAAAGAAGGCCAAGCGCUCCGAGGAGAGAUACAAGAAGAACAAGAAGAGAAAGGUCGAAGAGACCACCAUCGACGAUGCGCCAAAGAACGACGAGCCCGCCGCAGAAGCAGACGACCAGAAUGCCGCAGCAGACAAGACUUCAUCCAAGAAGCGCAAGCGAUCGCAAGAAGACAAGGAUCAAGCAUCGACAGAAGAUGCCGUUCCUGUAGAAGCCAAACAGCAAAAGAAGCGCAAGAAGGAACCCUCAGCCAACAAGGAGCCGCUGGCCAAAAAGGAGGGAGAUGCAGCGACAGCAGGAGAAGGCGCCGACGCAGCUGCUGCAAAGAACCAGCGCUUCAUUGUGUUUAUUGGCAAUCUUCCAUUCACGGCUACGACUGAGCAAAUCACCGAGCACUUUGCAUCCAUCCAACCGCAAUCCGUCCGUCACUCGACCGAGAAGGGUACAGGCAAGAGCAAAGGCUUUGCGUUCCUUGAGUUUGCAAACUACGAUCGUAUGAAGACGUGUCUGAAGUUGUACCACCACAGCAUGUUCGACAGUGGUGUUGGCGGCGAGAGAGGAAAGCGUAGGAUCAAUGUCGAGCUUACGGCUGGAGGCGGUGGCAGCAAGUCCGGGGCCAGAAAGGAGAAACUCAAGGAGAAGAACGUCAGACUCAACGAGCAGAGACAAAGAAGAGCAGAG